AAGAGUAGCAGUCCUGAGCUGACUAUUGAGCCAGAGAAGGCGGCUGCAACAAAAAUGCCAUCAGUUUGUCAGCCUUCAAAAAUGAGCAAGGAGACUUUACCAAGGAAAGUGCACUUAGCUAUAUAUCAUCUUAUUUCUCUGGAUAUAUGAAAGCUGCAGAAUCAGCAUUAUUACAAUUCAUUAAACAACUUCUUUCAAACCUACAAGGAGGAGAUGAGCCUGUGGGGCACUUGCAAAACAACGCAGAGAACACUUCUCUUCCAACUGGAUCCAGCAUUUCGGCUGACAAAAAUAAACAGAAAAUAAUCUCUGUUCUGGGAAAUAUCAUAGAUGCCAUGCCUCUACGUUCCAAACUUCUGAAUCCCAGAUUUCACCCCCAAAUCUCCACCAAAACAUUGGAAACUGCCCAAUUACAAGAAAACAGCCCACUAGACAUUCAGAGAGUAGGGAGGAGGGUGGCGUCUUUGAAGGUGGUCAUCAAGGGCCCAAAGGGCAUUCAGAAGAGGCGACGCAGACAAAUGAGGAAGGCUGGCAUCAAUGGGAAGCAGAGGGCCCAGCUCCUUGUGGAGAGCACGGCCGAAGAAAAAGGGCUCACGACAGCAUCCCCAAGGGCGCCGGAGCAGCCUCACGUGGAGCAGCCCCCCAGGGAAACCGCAGAAAGCUCCUUCAACACAGCCUUCAUUCCAAAGGGAACAAGAGGCAGCCGUCCCUCCUGUCCAGUACUUGAUGGGCAGGCCUUCUGCUUCCAAUACUCCAAAAUCUCUACGUGAGAUUAAACCAAAAUCAAAAGACCUAGCUGACAGUAUUUUUGUUUUAGAAGCUGCAAGUGCUGGAAUGAGAAAUAUGAAGGCUUCUGAACCAACCUCACACUUCAGAGAAAAGUACCUCUUUCCUGAAUCUUUGCAGCAUGCGGGUCACAAAAUACUCAAGGCCAAAAUGAGUAGACAGUUCAGCAAUAAAGGUUCACACAAUAGCCCGAUGGUUGUCAACAAGCCUCCAUUCACUGCAAUGAGCCUUAUAAACUCCCCUUCACAAGAGGCUUUUUCAUCAUCAGAACUGACUUUUCAGAAAAAUCAUUUUCCAGAUUUAUUUUCUCUUUUGGAUCCAACUCUCAAACUGACCACGCAAACACAACAGGAACACGACAAUGUGGGCACUGACUUACUCUCCACAUCCACAGCCUUCCCUUUCCCAGGGAGCUCAUCUCCAGGUGACCACCCGGGAGCUCAGCUAAACGAGCAGCUGCGGUCCCUCAUCACCAACAGUGAUGUGAGAAGGCUCAUUUCUCGUGUUUUCUGGACUUUGAAAAUGGGCUGCUCGGAGACCCACCUGAAACCAGCCUGUGCCAAGCUCAUCUCCCAAACCGGCCUCCUGAUGAAGCUUCUCAGCGAGCAGCAAGAAGCAAAGGAGCCCAGGGCAGACUGGGAUACAGACCAGAGGGAAACAGAAAACUACAUCCAUGAGAGUCCAGAAGCCCAGAGUGAACAGGAAGAGCAGGAGUUCCAGGAGUUCCCAAAAGUUCUGGUGCAUGGCUAUCGAAUCAAAGUCAUCUUGGCAUUGUCAGUGACAGGAGCAGUGCUGGUGUUGAUUACAGCUUUCUGCCUCAUUAAGAUGUGCUCCCAUAGAAGGGCAGCGCUGGAUGAAGAAGGAAGCUCAAGGUAAAUACUGAUCUGGCCAUUUCAAAGUAGAAUUUUAGAACUAGAGGAAAGCUUAGAACUCAUCUAUUUCAAUCACAUCAUUUUACGGUGAGGAAACCAUCAAAGGCAGGAAGAGUAGUUACCCUACUGCCUCUCAGAAGCAGCUCCCCAGCCAAAGCUGAGUUAGAAUGCGACUGGCACAGCUGCAUCUGCUGUCACUAGGCCUGGAAGGAAAGUGGCUGGAGGGGAAAGGUUUUGGUUGUACCUCUUCCUGCUAGGGGUGGACAUGAGGCCUGGCCAGAGGUCUGCUCAGAGGCUCUGGGGAAAGGGCAGAGAAGGCCACAUGGUCCUGGAUGCUAGUCUCCUUCAAAGCUGAUGGAAGGUUGAAUAUAUGAGCCCUUCCUGUCAA